GCGGGGGGCGGAGCCACGCCGGGAGCCGCCGCAGGUAAACAGCCCCCUCCCCGCGCGGGAGCGGGGCCGCGGGCCCAUCCAGGGACAGCCGCCGCCCCCGCCGCCAGGACGCGCCUGGGCCCGGCUGGGCUGCAGCCGAGGCGGGGGCGGCGGCCCUGCGCCCCCCGCAUCCCCCGGGGCCCCGGCGGCCCUACCUCUGCCCACGGGGGCGGCGGCCCUGCACCCUUUAUCCCGCCUGGCGCCCCCCGUUCGGUCCCAGCGUCUGCUGCUACCCUUUCCGGCGCCCCCGCCCGUGCCCCCAGCCCGCGUCCCCGGUGUCCCCCACCCGCGUCCCCAGUGUCCUCCGCCCGCCGCCCCGGUGUCCCCCGCAUCCCCCGCCCGUGCCCCGCUGCCCCGCCCGGCGCGCACCGCGCUCCCCCGCCCGCGCCCGCGCCCCCCGGGCCGCGCCCCCGCCCUCCAUGCACCACCUCCUGGAACAGUCCGCGGACAUGGCGACGGCGCUGCUGGCCGGCGAGAAGCUGCGCGAGCUGAUCCUGCCCGGCGCGCAGGACGACAAGGCGGGCGCUCUGGCCGCGCUGCUGCUGCAGCUGAAGCUGGAGCUGCCGUUCGACCGCGUGGUCACCAUCGGCACUGUGCUCGUGCCCAUCCUGCUGGUCACCCUGGUCUUCACCAAGAACUUCGCAGAGGAGCCCAUUUACUGCUACACGCCACACAACUUCACCCGCGACCAGGCGCUGUAUGCUCGCGGCUACUGCUGGACGGAGCUGCGGGAUGCGCUGCCCGGUGUGGACGCCAGCCUGUGGCCGUCGCUGUUUGAGCACAAGCUGCUGCCCUACUCGCUGCUGGCCUUCGCGGCCAUCAUGUACGUGCCCGCGCUGGGCUGGGAGUUCCUGGCCUCCACCCGCCUCACCUCGGAGCUCAACUUCCUGCUGCAAGAGAUCGAUAACUGCUACCACCGGGCCGCCGAGGGCCGCGCUCCCAAGAUCGAGAAGCAGAUCCAGUCCAAGGGCCCCGGCAUCACAGAGCGCGAGAGGCGCGAGAUCAUCGAGAAUGCGGAGAAGGAGAAGAGCCCAGAGCAGAACCUGUUCGAGAAGUACCUGGAGCGCCGUGGCCGCAGCAACUUCCUGGCCAAGCUGUACCUGGCGCGGCACCUGCUCAUCCUGCUGCUCAGUGUGGCGCCCAUCUCCUACCUGUGCACCUACUACGCCACCCAGAAGCAGAACGAGUUCACCUGCGCGCUGGGCUCGUCCCCGGACGGGCCUGCGGGCGGCGGGGGCCCAGCCGUGCGCGUCAGCUGCAAGCUGCCGUCAGUGCAGCUGCAGCGCAUCGUGGCGGGCGUCGACAUCGUGCUGCUCUGCGCCAUGAACCUCAUCAUCCUCGUCAACCUCAUCCACCUCUUCAUCUUCCGCAAGAGCAACUUCAUCUUCGACAAGCUGCACAAGGUGGGCAUCAAGACGCGCCGGCAGUGGCGCCGCUCGCAGUUCUGCGACAUCAACAUCCUGGCCAUGUUCUGCAACGAGAACCGCGACCACAUCAAGUCGCUCAACCGGCUGGACUUCAUCACCAACGAGAGCGACCUCAUGUACGACAACGUGGUGCGGCAGCUGCUGGCCGCCCUGGCCCAGUCCAACCACGACGCCACGCCCACCGUGCGUGACACGGGCGUGCAGACCGUGGACCCCAGCGCCAACCCCGCCGAGCCCGAGGGCUCCGCCGAGCCGCCCGUGGUCAAGCGGCCCCGCAAGAAGAUGAAGUGGAUCCCUACCAGCAACCCGCUGCCCCAGCCCUUCAAGGAGCAGCUGGCCAUCAUGCGCGUGGAGAACAGCAAGGCCGAGAAGCCCAAGCCCGUGCGCCGCAAGACGGCCACGGACACGCUGAUCGCGCCGCUGCUGGACGCGGGUGCGCGCGCAACGCACUACAAGGGCGGCCCCACCCCGGGCCCGGGCGCCGCCCCCGACAAGAAGCAUGCCCGCCACUUCUCCCUGGACGUGCACCCCUACAUCCUGGGCACCAAGAAGGCCAAGCCCGAGGCCGUGCCCACCGCCCUGCCCGCCUCCCGGAGCCAGGAAGGGGGCUUCCUGUCCCAGGCGGAGGAGUGCGGGCUGGCCCUGGCCGCUGCACCCACCAAAGAUGCUUCGCUCCCUGAGAAGGAAAUCCUGUACACAGGAGAGCCGGCUCGGGGCUCGUUCCCCCCCGGGGGCCCGUUUCACGUCUGUUCACCCCCGACAGCCCCCGCCACCGCUUCUCUGUCACCAGCCAGCCUGGGCAAGGCUGACCCCCUUGCCAUCCUGAGCCGCAAUGCCACCCACCCACUGCUGCACAUCAGCACCCUGUACGAGGCCCGGGAGGAGGAGGACGGGGGUCCCUGUGUGCCCCCGGACGUGGGCAGCCUCAUUGCCAUCCCCCCGCCACAGCAGAUCCUCAUUGCCACUUUUGACGAGCCGAGGACAGUAGUGAGCACUGUGGAGUUCUGAGGGAACAGGGCUGCCUUGGCCAUCACAGGCCCUCUGCAUGACCGAGGUAUGCCGCAGACCCCAGCCCCGAGUGGACGCGGCCUCUGCUUUGCCCAGCACCGCCCGCACCCCCCAGCCUCCUGUCCGCAUGCCUUGGGGCUCAGCACUUCUCCCAGCGCCCCCCCAGAUGGCAUCGUCAAGGUGCUGGCUGGGCCAGGGGUUGGCUGUGACCCCAGUGGAGCCCCCAGCCGGAAAGGGCCAGAGUCGCCCCCCACCCCUGCAUCAGGCACUCGGCUGCAAGAUGAAGAGUUUAUUUUUUUAGUCAAUUUUGUCUUGGGCCCAGGACACUGGCCUGUGAGGGGCUGGGCUGUGGCAGGACAGUUCGGAUACUGAGCCUGGAAGAAAACUGGGGAUGGUGGCACAGCCGGGCCUGGCCACUCCCAAGGGGUCCCGCUCAGGGCUCACCCUGCUGCAGGGACUGGGAGCCCUCAGGUGGGAGGUGCCAGGGUCUGCCCUCCAGUCAAAGAUCAACAUGCACUUUCUCCUUGUACCUGACACACCUGUACUUUAUUGUACUCUGGUUACUGUAACUCGCUAGCGUGUGUGUCACAAGGAGACUUAGGAUGCACUUCAAGGAUGGUGUGUGUGAGCAUGCGAGCAUGUGGGCAACGGGCAAGGCUGCCAGUGUGCAAGUGGAUAUGUGUGUGAUUGGGCGAGCAUGCAGGUGUGUGCAAGUGUGUGUGUGUGUAUGUGAGCAGGUGCGGGGGUGAGCAAGUGUGUGUGAGACUAGGCCUGCGCGCCAGUGUGCAAAUGAGGGGAGGAGUCCAAUGCAAUAACCAUGUCCCCACCCGGGCCACCAGCCCCCGGCUGAGGGCCCAUGCCGCUUCCCAGGGGUCCAGGGCUGGCACUCGGCGGGUCUGUCCUAUUACCUCAGCCACGGCAACAAUGUGACAGUAUUAAGGUAGCACCGAGCAUAUCAAUAAAUACUAUUCUGGUACCACCUGAGUCCCGAGUGGUCCAUCCUAUGGAGGCCUGUGCUAUGGCGAGACCUCCCACAUCUGGGCACCUCCAUCCAACCUGCAUGACCCUCCCUGACCUGCCAUUAUCACAGGGGGAUGCUGGUGAAUGGCAGGGCCGGGGGAGGUGCUCCGCUGCCCUCCAGGUUGCCCAGGGCCCUGCUGAGCCCCCAGCAAGGCAGGAGCAUGCUGCUGUCACUCAUGGUUGAUGUGUCAUGGCAUCUGGCUAACAUGUGUGCACUCUGGGCCCUAGGGUGAUUCAGGGGGCCCCUGCCCCACAGGGCUCAGGCUCAGCGAAGAUGAAGGCAUGAGCCCCCAGGAAGCUGUCCCCUCCAUCAUGCUUGGGGGCAGGAGGCCAUCGGAUACACUUGGGGGGAACAGAGAUAGCUGGCAAAACCUAGGAAGGCUUCCUGGAAGAGGCACCCUUGAUGUGCUCUGGAGAUGCUCAUAAUGUCAAAAGGGUCCAGGGUGGGGGGCCUUCAUCACAAGGCCCAGGACUCGGGUGGGGAUGAGGCUGGUCCCGUGGGUGCAGCACAGAGCCACACACACACUGCAGGCCACAGCAGGUGACCCUGAGGGUCUGAACAAAGGCAGCUGGGCCAGAAACCCAUGGGGGCUAGAGCAGGCGGGGUGCAGCCGAGAUUAGAGUGGACCUGACUGGCCUGGGCUCCCAGAAGCCCUCCGCAGCCCCACCACCACCACCACCGUGGAGCAGCCCUGAGUUGCUGCACUCAGCAAGACCCCUCCACGG